AAAUGUUACGCAAACAUUUUCAUCGUCUCGAUAUGGCAACAUCGGUUAGCCACGACGUAAAUGCUGUGGUCGUUACACGGUUUCCUUUGACGCAACGGUAGAAUUGCUUGAUAAAUUCUGUAGGAUACUGAAAUAAUAUAAUCUUUCAGCUAUUAAUUAACCCGUUUUGAGAUUUCUAUUGGAUAUUCAAGCACUCUACUUACGAUUUUAACACGCAUUACCACAUCACCUUGCGGCUGAAAUUGGUCGAGUGGAUCGUCGCCAUUUUACAUGGUGCUAAAGGCUUCAACUCAACUGUUUCAACAAGCGACUAAUUGAACUUUUGAAGAGUCUCUAAUAAAUAGUCCAGGUUCUCAAUUCGCUGGCUGGAUCCUGCAGUCUUCUGCAACUUGUUGGCAUCCUGCUCACUUGGGCUCCCACCUUGCGGCUGUUGCUGCAAGAUCCCAGCUGCUUUUCUUUGACUUAACAUAUACGAAGAUCUUCAGUUUGUGCUAGUUUUCUUGAGGAAGCAACAUCACCAUCAUGAGUGUCAUCAUCCGUCUUCAAAAUCUGCCGUGGUCAGCCAACGCUUCCGACAUACGCGAGUUUUUCAAAGGUCUUCUCAUCCCGGAGGGAGGCGUUCACAUCGUCGGCGGCGAGCAAGGCGAUGCCUUCAUUGCUUUCGGGUCAGACGAAGAUGCUCGGCUUGCGAUGCGAAAGAGCAAUGGCAUACUCAAAGGCAUCCAGGUUGUUCUUUUACUCUCGUCUCGCGCGGAAAUGCAGAAAGUUAUUGAGACUGCGAGGCAGCAAGCCAUGGCGCAGCAGCAAAGUUUUGGAGCUACUGUGGCCAGUACCUCUGUACAGCAGCUACCUCAGGCAGUGCAGCAACCUGUCGCAGCCCCACCUGUUGCUUACACUAACCCUGACCUCAUGAAACAACAGCCUCAGGUUCCCCAAUACGGUGGCAUGGGCCAGUACUAUUCAGGAUCAAUGUAUGACAAACCAUCACCGGCAGUAGCGCCUCAAACGCCUGAGUCGGUAUCCACUACGCUCAGUGCUCCUUUUGGAUUUGCCUCUUCGCCAGAACAGGCGGCCCAGCGCUGGCGCAAUGGGUUCGGCAAGACUGGUCCCGCUGUCGUGGGUGGUCAAGAGGGAGCCAUGUACAACCGCCAAAUGAUGGUUCAGAGCUCUCAGUUCGCUGUACCUUUUGGCUUCAACGCCAACAAUGCAACGGAAAGCCCCAAUCCUUACGCUGCAACAGCUCAGAAAGUACCCGUGUCGGUGGUCGAAGAAUAUGACGAAAAGGAACUGUAUCAACAAGCUUUAAAAGCGUCUAAAAAGUCUGAGAGCCAAGCACCUGAAAAAGUCGCCUACACUUCAACUAUUACGCCGUUCACCGCACCUACCGUCACUGCAGCUGCAGAUAAAUCCCGACCCAAUUCUUCCACCCAUUCCGGAUCCAAAACAAGUUCCAGCAACAACCAGUCUCCACGAAGGUCUGAAAGCUCUUCGGAGAAGAAAGAUGUCAGCAGGGAUAAAGACAAGAGUAAGGACAAAGAUAAGUACGGUCGUGAUAUAAGCGAUGAACGCGACCGCGAUUCGCGACGUCGCCGUUCCAAGUCUCGCUCGCGUUCAAGGUCCCGUGAACGGCGACGACGUCACAGAUCUCGAUCACGUAGUCGUGAUAGGUCAACGAGGAGACGCCGCAGCCGCAGCAAGGAGAGACAAGACCGUGGUCGUGACCGGGACAAGUCCCGUGUCAGCUCUUCUGGACGUGACCGUUCCGAAAGACGUACCUCUGAUGAUAAACCUUCGAAUGAAGCUUCUGCCCCGGCUGCCUUGCUUGUGCCGAGCAAAAAUUCCGGAGCAACUCUUCCUGGACUGGGAGAAAUUCCCCAAGAGUUGCCCAGAAGCCUUCCUAAUGCAAUCCUUGGUAAACCACCAUCGCAAGAAAUAAUUACUUCAGAUAUGCACGUUCCAUCAAUGUCUCUUAAAGAAGGAGCUUCGCCCAUGGAACAGGCGUGGGGCAUGGAUCUGAAGAUGAUCAAAAAUACCCAAGGUACUCAGCUGCAGCAGCAGCCGCCGCAGUCACUUGGCCCAAUGCAGUCGCAGCAUCGUGAUCCGCGCAUGCAUGCACCUCGUUCAGUUUCUCCAGUUGCUCCCCUACACAAUGUGCCUCGAACAGACCGCUGGGGGAUUCCCAUCCCUGAACCAAUGCCUGAAUCCCACCCAAGGAAAACCAGCGAUUUAAGUGCACCUGCUGAAUCGUUCCCUCUUCCUGGUCGUCUUCCGAUGGACUCAAACUUCCGCGACGAUAUGCGUGGACCUCUCAGGCAACCUGAAAAUUGGGACAAACCAGAAAUGUCAAGCAAGGAAAGGUUCCCUGUUGCUCAUCCCUAUAUGCGAAACGACAUUCCUCCCGAGCGACCACAGUUGGGUUGUAUAGAAGAUUCACGUGAUCCUAGAGCUCGUCCCCAAAAUAGGAGUCGUUCUCCAGAUGUCAUCAACAGAGGACCGAUCGCCCGUCGUGAAGGUCCCGAUGGCCCUGGUCCCAGUCGUUGGGGCUCACCUCCAAGAAAUGGACCAAAUAAUUUCAUGCGAGAACAACGAGGUCCAAGGAUGGACGAGCCUGGUUAUCUUGAGCCAUCAGCUCGAGGCAUGGAUAUGCAACGCAUGAAUGACAACAUGGACAGGCCUAGUGGAAGUAUGGAACGCUUCUCAGAUGAACCCAAUAUUCCGGGACGUUUCCCCAGAGACGACCGAAGAUGGGACGAACCUGGGAUGCCUGAACGAUACAUCCCUGGUCCUGAAGGCUUCCCGCCAAGGGAAGAGCCUUGUCUUGAAGGUCCUGCUGAUCCAUUUGAAGGUGCUGGUCGAGGCAUGAGAGGUCGUGGCGGAUUUGAGGGCAGGGGUAUGAUGCGUGGCCGUCGUCGGGGCUUUGGUCGCUUCGAUGGCGGGGAUGGAUUCUUCCCUGAAUGUGAUGGGCCUGAGCGGUUUCGACCCUCAUUUCCUGGGGAGAACAGAUUUGAUGAUGGUCCUCGUAGAUCGCCUUCUGGACCAGGAGCUUUCCGCGGUCGAGGCGCUCCUCGUGGCUAUGAUAUGCGUGGUGGUUACACUAGAGGAACUUCGCCUGUGGGCGGUCGUCCUCAAACGUGCAGCGUGGAACUUCUCAACUUGCCACUUUUUGCUGGCUAUAGGAUGAUACGGGACUCUUUUUAUGGUAUCUUUGUGCCACACGAUUCUAUUAAACUUUUGGGUGACGAAAAUGGGAUGAAGAUUGGCGUGGCUCUCGUAAGAUUCAAUACAGUCGCAGACGCCAUGGAAGCCGCCAGGAGAGACGGCAUGUUCAUAUGCGAACAAAAAAUUCAGAUUAGACUAAUCGACGAAGAAAUUUACGACAAGCAUGAAGAUUUCAAGUCGGUUUUACGACAACAUCGUCCUCCUUUUGAGCCUAUUCCCGCUGGUAAUUUCAUGCCCUCUGAGUGGGUGCACAUUAUGGGAAUGCCACCGAACAAAACUGUCGACGAUGUCGCAAAUAUCUUUAGCAACUCUUACAUCAACGACAUUUUGAGAGAAGUUUACCCUAACACCAAAAAGGCAACUGGUGGUUUUUUCAUGAGACUCUCAUGUCCUGAUGAAGCACACGUUUUGGUGAACGAGUCACAAGGAAUGGAAAUUGAAGGGAACGUCAUUCACCUUCGUCAGGCAAUGUUCCCUGAAGUCGAAGAAUCGACUAUCAAACUAGCUGAGCGGCAUCUUAUUGAAGAUUCAAAUGGACCGAAUCCGCAUAUCGAAAACAUGGACCGACGGCGUGAUAUGUCUGGCAGGCACAACGCUGACAUGACGAAACCAAUGAACAACACGCAGUCUAUUCCUGGGAGAAAAGGCGCAUUGCUAGCCACGCCAGCAGCGCACCCUCAAAAAGUACCACAAGGUAGCGGUGAGGGUAAACGACCUCAAGAGAACAAAAAUGAGGAAGAACCUCCUCGUAAAAGAAUACCCAUUGAUGAAGAUCUUUUGACCGACAGUGUCGUAGUUCAUGACGUACAAAUGGGCACUACUCAUUGUAACGUCGUUGAUUUCUUCAGUGACGAGGGCUUGGUGCCCGAGCACGUGCAUUUCGUUCCUUACGACCCGAAAUUUGGUGGGCGCGUUUUUGUGAUCUUCCCUAAAAUCCAACACGCUAAGCAAGCGCUGAGGAAGUCGGGAAAAUUACUUGGGCCUGCUCCCGUGCGUAUAGAAUUGAUUGCAAAGCCAGAAGUAAUGAACGCUAUGGGACUUCCCUUCAAUCCGCUGGAACUCAUCAAGAAAAGCGACCCAGAUAAUGACUGCCGACCUGACAAUGCAAUGCCUCCUCGAUCUAAUCGACUGCCUCUUUUAGACACUCCAACAAAUGGGCCUUCUGGUCAGCCUUCAGAAGCUCGCGAGUCUCCCGAUCUUUCCUCUAGCAGUAUGUCUCCUCCGGCUCCUAAACAAGGAGAAGUAAUUCCUGAACAGUUUGGGAGUCCGGGUUGCGUAGUUGCUCUCUCUAACCUUCCUCUCAACGCCUCAACUGAGGAUAUUUUACAUUUCUUAGCACGGGAAUUCCCGCGCGUGUCUCCAGAUAACGUCAUUAGGCGCUACAAUGAACAUAACCAACCAACAUCAGACGCACGGGUAGCUUUUAACACUCCCGAGGACGCCGAAAAAGCUGUGCAUCUGCUCAAUAGGAAGCCCAUAUUCAAUAGGCCCAUAUAUCUUAAUCUUGUAGAGACUUAGUUUCGUUCAGAAGUUAUUUGUCUGUGUUUACCAAUCAUUUUGUAUAUAUCAUAUCCAAGUAUAUAAUCAGAAUGCAUGGAUGUCAUUACCGCGUUUCCAUCUCGAAAGUGUGUGCGACAGUAUCAGAUUUUUUGUUUGUUUCAUAAUUUCAUGUUGUAAAUAAUUAGUCACUAGCUCAGGUCGGAAGAUUAAUUUAUGAUUAUUUUGUUCUGAUUAGAGUAAGGAUGGGCAAUAGCGUUGAGGUGAACUUUGUACAACCAUUGAUUUGGUGCCCUAAUAUUAAUUUUUUCUGAGUAAUUACGCAGAAGAAACCUGUUCUUUUCUUCAUGAAAAUUGCCCUGGUACGUGUAUUGUAUUAAUUAAAAUUCUACUUUUUAGUUGCCAUAUCUCUGUUCGUGUAUGCAGGUGCAUUAGUCGCAAGUAAGAUUAUUACAUUAAGUCUCCGUUUCAGAAAUUUCGUUCUUUCAAUAAGCCUUUAUCUCGUUUUGAUAACUGUCGAAUAAAUGAAUGAGAUAAAAAUGCAAUUUUUAUGUUGGGAGUUUGUCGAGCACAUGUUGCCGAUUGUUUUCGUCAUAUUUCGUGUGUAUAUUUGUGAAUUUUGUAACAACAAAAUGUAAUCGACGGUUAUGAUAUAUUAAAAUUAGUCCAUUA